AUGGAACGAUGGCUCUCUUUCUUCUACGAGUACAACUUCGUCGUGCAAUCCAAUCCAGGCAAGAAAAACAUUCUUGCGGACGCGCUGUCACGACGCCCGGAUUACGAACCUCGGAUGGCACUCAGUUGCCAGGCUACUGACGACAAAGAUGAGGACGAUCGAUUUGCGACGUGUGUGUCAUUGAACUUUGUUCGGGUCACACAUGAGCUAUGCCUUUUCGAUAAAUUUGUCGCGGCUUACGCGAACGAUCCAGACUACGCGGACAUUAUGAACUAUCUGCGCGCUCCCAGUGCAUCAUCACUAAGAGCUCUUUCGCGAACGAAGAGUGAUCACAUCCAUCGAAACAGUGUAGAUGGUGAUUUGCUGUUAUACAGCAACGAUCGAUUCGAUGCUCCUCGAACGGUAAUCGAAAACGACUUGGAUCUGCGUGCUCGUUUCAUCCACGAGUACCAUGAUGCCCCAUCUGGCGGUCUUUUGUGCCACGAGGAGACUUUCGCGGCUGUGUCGCGUGACUUUUUCUGGCCCCACAUGUACAAGUGGGCUCGCAACUGGAUUCGCACAUGCGAAAUCUGUCAAAGAGUGAAACCAUUUACAUCGUCGCAGGCCCCCCUGCGACCCUUGCCGAUCGCAGCUCAGGCUUGGCGCUCAGUGUCGAUAAACUUAAUCUUGGAGCCAGCGCCCGACAGUCAGAACCGGAUCGGCAUCCUGGUCUUCGUGGACAGAUUCAGCAAGAUGACACACUUGGUGCCUGUUCAUGCAACAAUCACCGCGGCUGAGACCGCGGUGCACUUCAUUGACCCAGUGUUUCGCCAUCACGGUUUACCAGACGACAUUGUCUCGGACCGUGAUCCUCGCUUCACAUCUGCGUUCUGGACUUCAAUGUUGAGCUCCUUGUCACGAAGUUGCAGAUAUCGACGGCAGCCCAUCCGAAAAAGAAUAGGCAAACAGAGCGGGUCAAUGGUUCCUUAA